CGAGAAGAGCGACUCUGUGACCACUGCUGUUGACGAUAUGCCAGACGUAGUUCCGACUUCCUUACCUGGAGUCUGGGACUCACUCAAGGUUAAGGGUUUCCGCAUUACAUCCCUCACUACCAUCCUUGGCUCCUUUUCAAGGGGGGAAUGGGUCAAGGAUGUUCUGAAGAAUGCAAUUCGGAAACCUCUAACAAGGAGGGUGCCAGCGACUACCAAGUGUCGCCAUCGAUUCACUUGGCGCACAUUUUUGAAGUCGUUGAAGCUUUGGACUUUCCAGACGUGGUAUUACUGCAGGAAGUAGACAAACGCUGCUUGGAGACGAAGGAGCUACUGCUAUCGACAGGCUUCGUGUCGCAGGUUUUUGUGGCGGGAGACGAGCAGUCUUUAUCGGGAGUUGUCGAUCGAGGUGACCAUUUUUCUACAGCACACGAGCAUGACUACGUAGCCUUUUUCGGUUCAACAUCAACCAAAGACCCAGAUAACAGCGUCAUUCUAGUCCGAGCUAGCAAGGUCAAAAGCGUGAAGAAGAUUGAGAAUGCUUCGCCGAGACAUCUGCGGGUGAUCUUGGAUAUGGAAGUGCGAAGUGCUACGUCCUCAUCAGCAGUCGUCAAGACAGUGCGUUUAGGCAGCUACCAUUUUUCAUCUGGUCAUGCAUCAACACAAAAAGAGUUUGAUGACAACAUCUUCGAGUUGCGUUCCUCUGGAGCAGGAGAGACGAUGCUAGAACUCCUAGGCGGCGACCUCAAUACCGAACCAGAAAGAGACGCCUACCUUCUGGAGGCAGAGCCUAGAGUCGCUGGUCGUAACAAGAAUAAAUUAGUUCGGGUCACUAAUGGAGGGGCAACAACAUCAACAACAACAUCUUCUAGUACAUCUUCUGGUGGAGUGACCUACGCGAAGAAACUGUCAGUCUUACAGCCACAGAUGACCAAAGCAGACAAAAUAGAGCGCCAGAGCAUAGAUCACGUCUAUGCACGUGGGUUUAAGACCCUUGUUGUGAGUGGAGGAGAUCAAAAGAGUGUGAGUCAUCGAGAAGAGGUCGAACUUCUACCCCAAAGAGUCCAUUCCAUCUUCGAAGAAGCAGCAAAGGCAGCAGGCUAUGAAGACUCAGAUGCAGUAUUUUCUUCAGAUGGCUCACUCGCUGGCCUGUUGGAGCGGGAAGGUGCGAUGCUAAACUUACCAAUCAGUGGUCACCCCCUUUUCAGAAGCGAUCACAUGCCAAUCUACUUCAGAGUAGAGCCGAUAUUGGACGAGAGUGGUGGACCGAAGGCUCACUUGUGACUUACUACAGGCAGAUUACGUACUGCAUCUACAACGUGCUGAGCACUCGAAACAAUGAAUAACACCUGCAUUUUGUCGCAGUUUUUUUCACAACACACUUGUUUUUGAAAGAGGACUCGCGCAGUCAAUUCACUCUCGUCACGACACUUUUCGUUUCAUAUUGAGUGAUAGGCUCGAAC